UUUGAGAGCUACCAUCUUUUAUUCAACUUGCUUAUAUUCGGUUUGUUUAUUUUUACGUUAGAUUCCUUUGUAGAGCAGCGCAAAGAAACGGCCAUGAACAUCACGAGAUGACUAUUUCAGCGGCAUCCACAUUUAUGUGGAAUUGCAAUGUUUGAAAUUGUUCUGUGAUUCGACGCGCGGAAAUUCGAAGUUUGCGGGUUCCGUAGAUUUCGACAUGACCCAGCAGACAAGCCUACUACACAUUGGUGAUAUAGUCUCCCUGUUCGCCGAAGGAACUGUAAAUGGAUUUAUUAGCACACUUGGGCUGAUCGAUGAUAGAUGUGUUGUGCAACCUUCUGCAGGCGACCUGAACAAUCCACCGAAAAAAUUCCGAGACUGCCUAUUCAAGGUUUGUCCUUCCAAUCGUUACUCUGCCCAAAAACAGUUCUGGAAGGCUGCGAAACCGACUACAAGCGCCACAGAUGCCGUGUUACUGAAAAAACUUCAUCAUGCUGCAGAGUUGGAAAAGAAACAGAAUGAUUCUGAAUACAAGAAGUGUUUGGGAAGUGUGGUAGAAUACGGAGGAGUCAUUCAGCUGCUACAUGUGAAGAGUAACAAGUUUCUGACAGUAAACAAACGACUUCCAGCCUUGAGGGAGAAAAAUGCCAUGCGGGUUACAUUAGACACCAAUGGAAAUGAGGGAUCUUGGUUUUAUGUUGUUCCAUUUUACAAGCUGAGAUCUUCUGGAGACAAGGUUGUCAUCGGAGACAAAGUUAUAUUAAACCCAGUCAAUGCAGGUCAACCACUUCAUGCAAGCAACCAAGAACUUAUCGACAAUCCAGGGUGUAAGGAGGUCAACUCUGUGAACUGCAAUACAAGUUGGAAGAUAUCACUCUUUCUUGCCUAUGAAGACAACAGUGAUGAGGUCUUGAAAGGGGGUGAUGUAGUCAGAUUGUUUCAUGCAGAGCAGGAAAAGUUUUUGACAGCAGAUGAUUACAAAAAGAAGUCAUAUGUGUUUCUGAGAACUACAGCAAGACAGACAGCCACAUCAGCCACAAGUUCCAAAGCGCUGUGGGAAGUAGAGGUUGUCCAACACGAUCCUUGCCGGGGAGGGGCUGGGCAUUGGAAUGGUUUGUUCAGAUUCAAACAUCUGGCCACUGGAGAUUACUUGGCAGCAGAGACUGAUGAUGACCCUACGAAAGACACAACAAGACAAAAACUGAAAGGCAAUGGAGCUGUGUGUCACCUUGUUCCUGUCCCACAUGGAAACGAUGUAGCCUCAAUUUUUGAGCUGGAUCCUACAACACUGACAAGAGCAGACUCAUUAGUGCCAAGGUCAUCUUAUGUUCGUCUGAGACAUCUCUGCACAAACACCUGGGUGCACUCCACUUCAAUACCUAUUGACAAGAGUGAAGAACGACCUGUCAUGCUUAAGAUUGGUACAGCAAGUAUCAAAGAAGACAAAGAAGCGUUUGCAAUUGUUCCAGUCCCUCCAGCUGAAGUGAGAGAUUUGGAUUUUGCCAAUGAUGCCAGUAAAGUUUUGGGCUCUUUUGCAAACAAAAUGGAAACAGCAAAUUACACUCAGCAUGAAAGACGAUUUGUGACACAGCUGUUAUCUGAUCUUGUUUACUUCGUGACGGAACAUGACACUGGAAGGGAAGACGUCCUUAAUAUUUCUGUUCAAAAUCCAAAUAGAGACAGACAGAAGUUGAUGAGGGAACAGUAUAUAUUGAGUAUAUUGCCAAGCAGUUUGGCUUCAUGCAAGCCCAGAUUGGCUAUGACAUUCUGGCCGAAGACACCAUAACUGAUCUGGUCCACAACAACAGAAAGCUGUUGGAAAAACACAUCACUCGCACAGAAAUAGAAACGUUUGUCAGUUUAGUUCGAAAGAAGAAAGAAUGCAGGUUUCUUGAUUACUUGUCCGACCUGUGUGUCUCUAAUAACACAGCCAUCCCAGCAACACAGGAACUAAUCUGUAAGACCGUGCUCUACUCUAGUAAUUCAGACCUGCUCAUUGAAACCAGAAUAAUUGACGGAGAAGUGUUCCUUGUAUGGGAUAGUGGUAACAAAAAAAAAUCGCAAAGAGACUUGGCACGAGGUGCCAAGAUUGGAGUCAAAGAUGACGUCAAAAUCCUGGAUUACUAUAGGUACCAGUUGAACCUGUUUUCGCGGAUGUGUCUGGACAGACAGUAUCUUGCUAUCAACAGCAUCAGCAAGCAGUUAGAUGUGGACCUCAUACUUAGAUGCAUGGCAGACAAAGAUCUGUCUUGUGACCUAAGGGCGGCUUUUUGUCGGUUGAUGCUCCACAUGCACAUAGAUCGGGAUCCUCAAGAACCAGUUACACCUGUUAAGUACGCCAGACUGUGGUCUGAGAUCCCAACUGAGAUGAGCAUUGAAAUGUAUGAUCAGCAUCUUGCGGUUGGAGAGGAGAGGGAAGAGAACAGACUGAGAUUUUCAGGAGUUAUUUCAUUUGUGGAGAAUUACCUUCAAAAUAUCAGCAGCAACAUUUGGUCUUUCAGCGAUAAGGAACAAAAUAAACUUACUUUUGAGGUUGUGCAGAUCGCAAGGAAUCUGAUCUACUUUGGUUUCUAUGGCUUCAGUGAAUUACUUCGUCUGACUCAAACAGUGCUGUCAAUCGUAGAUUGUGAGCAGCGAGCUCAUGGCGGCAUCAGAACCUCAGAAAAACCAACAGUUGGUGGGAUUGGUGAGAAGAUCAAUGUGAUGCGAAGUAUUCACAAUCUGGGCGCAAUUAUGACACGUAUGGCGUUAGGAGGGAACCAAGAUCCAUGGGGGCUCACACAGCAACCUGAAGGAGGCCCCAAGCCCGAGACCGAGAUUGACCACGUUGUCAUGGAGACCAAGGCCAAGAUCAUUGAAAUUCUGGAGUUUAUAAUGAACGUUCGACUUGAUUAUCGCAUUUCCAGUCUGCUGACAAUCUUCAAAAAAGAUUUUGAUGAAAGUAACGCAGGCUUGGCUGAUAUGGGAGGAGAGAAUGGGAUUGAUUUGGAAAACAUCAGUCAGCAAGCUGAAGCUAUAUUUGGAGGCUCCACGGGACUUAACGAAAUUGACCUUGACCUUGAUGGUCAGGGGGGCCGCACCUUUCUCCGUGUCCUGCUUUACCUAUGUAUGCACGAUUAUCCUCCCCUGGUGACAGGAGCUUUACAGCUUCUUUUCAGACAUUUUAGUCAGAGGCAGGAGGUGUUACAAGCUUUUAAACAGGUUCAGCUACUGGUGUCCAAUAGUGAUGUGGAGAACUACAAACAGAUCAAGUCUGAUUUAGACGAGCUUCGGUUGUUAGUGGAAAAAUCUGAGCUGUGGGUGUACAAGAGCAAGAAGGAUCUUCCUACCGAGAGCAGAGUCAGGAAGAUAACACCCGGGCUGGUCGGGCUGAGGAUGGAGGGAGGCAGCAGCAGUAAGGAGCCGGAGCAGAGGAAAGAUAGCCUGGAACAGCAGGAUCUGGAAGUUGUCAGUUUGAACACGGCACAGGACCCGGCUAGUAGUGAUAGCGAGGGAGGUGGUCCAAAGGUAGAGCGUCAAAGGAUGGUUAGCGAUGGUUCCAUUGAGCUGGAGGUCGAACAGUCAGACACUGUUUCGCUAAAGAACUACAAGAAAACUGAGGCGAUUUUGGAACGCCUCAGCAAUCUUUGUGUUUCUUCUUAUGGGACACCCAGUGUAAAAAAUCGUAAACACGAGCAAAGAUUAUUGAGAAACAUGGGGGCUCACACUGUAGUCCUAGAGUUACUACAAAUACCGUAUGAAAAGAAUGAGGACUUGAGGAUGGAAGAUAUCAUGGGGCAAGCCCACGAGUUCUUACGAAACUUCUCUCUGAGCAAUCCACAGAACCAGUCUCUUCUCCACAAGCAUCUGGAUUUAUUCCUCACCCCAGGGCUAAAAGAGGCUCACACAUUGAGGUACAUCUUCAUGGAAAACUCAGGGCUGUGUUACGAGGUCACCGAGAAAGUUGUGCAACAUAUCGUUCACUGUGUUGAGACACAGGGCCGCCAUGUUGAAUAUCUGAGAGCUUUACAAACCCUGGUGAAGGCGGAAGGACAGUCAAUUAGAAAAACACAGGACAUGGUUAUGGCUGAGUUAGUAAACGUGGGUGAGGAGGUUUUGGUCUUCUACAGUGAUCCUCAGUCCUUUAACUCACUUGUGGACAUGAUGCAGGGAGAACGAGAGAGACUGGACGAAGCUGGCCCUCUGUUGUAUCAUAUCAACUUGGUGGAACUGCUGGCCUGUUGUACCGAGGGCAAAAACGUGUACACGGAAAUCAAGUGUCACAGUUUACUUCCGCUGGAUGAUAUCGUGCGAGUUGUCACUCAUCCGGAUUGCAUCUCGGAGGUGAAGAAUGCCUAUGUAAACUUUUUGAAUCAUUGCUAUGUUGACACGGAGGUGGAAAUGAAGGAGAUAUACACCAGCAAUCACAUCUGGACUCUGUUUGAGGACUUUUUAGUCGACAUGGCUCGGGUUUGUAACAACACUUCUGACCGAAAUCACACGGACACCAUGUUAGAAAAAUACGCUACAGAAACCAUCAUGAACUUGUUAACCUUUUUCUUCAAUUCUCCUUUCUCCGACUCUAGUACAACAAUAAAGUCUCGGCAACCCGUGUUCGUUCGUCUCCUCCGCGGUGCCUUCCGACUUUCACAGUGUUCAUGGAUGAGUGGCUCGCAGAAAUACCACGUGGAGACUUGUAUCAAGACCUUAUCUGAUGUUGCAAGGAACCGCGGGAUUGCAAUCCCAGCAGACCUUGAGAGCCAGAUCCAAGCGUUGUUCACUCGGUCUCAGUUGGUGAUGAAACAUACUCGGCACUGGCUCAGCCACGGAAAGGGCCGAAGGGACUCAAUUAUGAACCUCUCUAGAGACUAUAGGAGCAUUAUUGAGGGGUUGCAGGAUAUUGUUUCACUGCUUGAGGACCAACUUCGCCCUCUCGUUCAAUCAGAGUUAUCCGUGCUGGGUGAUGUACUGUAUCGGCCAGAAUUGAUGUUUCCUCAGCAGUCUGAAGCUUGGCACAAGUCCAAGUCAGGAGGGUUCGUCUCCAGGUUGAUAACUCACGCUAAACAGCUUCUUGAGGACAACGAGGAAGCAUUAUGCGUCCGAGUGCUACAGACGAUCAAGGGAAUGAUGGCACGUGACAUCGACUUUGGAGAAAAGGGUGAUGGAUUGCGUUCAUCGCUGUUAGGUCGCUACUUUGGCACAAAUUAUCACUUCAGGAUUGGCCGUGACGCCAACAGCAAGAGCUUGAUUGACAGCAACAGCAAGAAGACCGCUAGUCAGAUGGUCAACUCGGGGCCUGGGGCCGAGAUGUUGUCACGCGCGGGCGUCACGUUGUGUGAGAUGCAAGGACGACUCGACAAGUGCGGUGCAUCUGAUCUGAUUAUUGAUCUUAUAAUGGUGCAGCCCAACCUCAGAGUGUUUCUAGAGAUACUCGAACUAGCGAUUGCCCUACUUGAAGGAGGAAACAAUUCUAUUCAGAAAUCAUUGCUCCAUCGGUUUACAAACGGUAAAUGUGAAGAAUUCUUCCGAUACAUCUACGACAAAAUGAGAGACGCUGAGGCCGAAAUCCGGGCGACAAUCACAGUUCAAACAACAGAGUCAACUGUAGCAAAGAAGAGCGAUAAAGAUGUGUCCCAUGCGAAGACCGCCGAUGGACGGAGAGGUACUGUGUUCGGUGGACGAAGAGACACCCUAAUUGCAGGCUCUAUGAUGGGUAUCAGCGAAGACGUGAAGGAGCAAUUAUCAGAUGCAGCUAUGCACACGGGAAAGGCCUACGCAGCCGUAAGAAGGGGCCGAGACCCGGAAGCUGAAGUGGAGCCUUCGAGGCCCAUGCCUAAUAGUUCACUUUUUGGGACCGAUCUUCAAAGCGCCUCAGGCAAGCAUGAAGUCAAGACCAUGUCCCCUGAGGUGCUUGUCAUGAAGCCCAUCCUCAGGUUCCUACAGCUCCUUUGUGAGAACCACAACAGGGACCUUCAGAAUUACAUCCGCAAACAAGAUCACAGUAAGACCAACUACAACUUGGUACACGAGACUCUUCAAUUUCUGGACUGUAUCUGCGGCAGCACGUCUGGGGGACUGGGCCUGCUCGGUCUAUACAUCAACGAAAGUAACGUGGGACUAAUUAACCAAUGCCUGGAGAGUUUAACAGAGUACUGUCAGGGACCGUGUCAUGAAAAUCAGACCGCCAUCGCCCUCCACGAGUCAAAUGGUAUUGAUAUUGUCAUAGCUUUAGUACUGAACGACAUCAACCCGCUAGGAAGACAACGGAUGGACUUGGUGCUGGAACUUAAGAACAACGCAUCAAAAACCCUUCUGGCCGUUAUGGAAAGCCGUCUCGAUACAGAAAAUGCCGAGAGGAUUCUGUACAACAUGACACCUCAACAACUGGUGGAUGUUUGUAAACAAGCGUAUAACCAGGAGGACCUUGAAGAUGAGAAUGAAUGUGAAGUUUCUUGUCGCGAUGUCGGACACAACAUUUUCAUACUCGCUCAUCAGCUUUCACAUCAGAAUAAAGAUCUGGCGAGUUUACUCAAACCGAGUGCGUCAGCAGAAUCGGAUGAGAUGCACGGUGACAGCGCUCUGGAGUAUUACGCAAAACAUACGGCACAGAUCGAGAUUGUUCGUCGCGAUCGUACAAUGGAACAAAUUGUUUUUCCUGUACCCAACAUUUGCGAGUUUCUGACCCCUGAAAGCAAAAUAGACGCGUAUCAGACGUGUGAGAGAGACGAUCAGAACAGCAAGAUUUCAGAUUUCUUCGAUAGAACCGAGGAACUUUUUAGGGAGAUGCAAUGGCAGAAGAAACUGCGAGAAAGUCGAUUUUUAUUCGGAGUAAGCAGCCGAAUGACUCUGUGGGAACAGAUUUCCAUCAAUUUAGCAAUCCUGAUCAAUUUGCUCGUGGCGUUCUUUUAUCCGUUUUCCGACGGGCCAGGUGAACUUGACGGACGUCUGUCUGUACUGGUGUGGCUGGCCAUGAUUGUCUCUUUUGUUAUAAUUGUUACCUUUCCUCGGCCGUCUGGGAUCAGGACGUUUGUAGGCUCAACGAUACUGAGGCUGAUAUUUUCCGUUGGACUUGAGCCUACUCUUAAAAUACUAGGACUGGCAACCGUCGUUCUGAAAGCAAUAUUCAUUGUAAGUUAUGUUGGAAAUCGGGGAACUUUUGACCACAAUGUGCGCCGGCUUCUUUCGGACAGGAAUCUCGUUCUCCAUCUGAUGUACUUCACGUUUGGCUUCCUCGGGUUAACACUGCACACGUUCUUCUACAGUAUUUUGCUCCUGGACGUUAUCUUCCGUGAGGACACGCUGUUAAACGUGAUAAAGAGCGUAACCCGUAAUGGCCGGUCAAUUAUCUUAACUGCUGUCUUGGCUCUCAUACUCGUCUACAUGUUCUCCAUCAUUGGUUUCCUGUUUCUCAAAGACGAUUUCUUAGUAGAGACGGAUCCAACGCCUUCUCUUAAGCUCGCAUCCUCAGCUACCUGCGAUGCUGAUAAGAGCUGCGAAGGUUCCAUUUCACUCUCGGAAAAAAGCUCAGAAGGAGAUGACUCAGUAAAGGAACGUGCCUGUGAGACCCUAAUAAUGUGCAUCAUCACUACUCUGAACCAGGGGCUCAGAAAUGGAGGGGGAAUCGGAGACGUCCUCAGACGGCCCUCCAUGAAAGAGAACAUGUUCGUGGGACGUGUUGUAUACGAUUUGCUCUUCUUCUUUGUGGUCAUCAUUAUUGUUCUUAACUUGAUAUUUGGCGUCAUUAUUGAUACGUUUGCUGAUCUGAGGAGCGAGAAGCAGAACAAAGAGGAGGUGCUCAAGAACACGUGUUUUAUUUGCGGUCUUGAUCGGUCGGCCUUCGACAACAAAGUGGUAUCAUUUGAUGAACACAUCAACUCAGAACAUAACAUGUGGCAUUACCUGUACUUCAUAGUCUUGCUCAAAGUCAAGGACACGACCGAGUUUACUGGACCCGAGAGUUACGUCAGUCUAAUGGUCAAGGAACACGAUCUGGAUUGGUUCCCACGCAUGCGUGCUAUGAGCCUGGCCAUUGACGAAGGAGAAAGUGAGCAAAGUGAAAUUAAGAAUCUUCAGGAAAAGCUGGAAAGCACCACAAGACUGGUAUACACUUUGUCGCAACAACUCACAGAUCUAAAGGAGCAGAUGACUGAACAUCGCAAGCAGAGACAACGAAUCGGUUUGUUGGGCCCUCACUCUGCAUCUGCACUAAAUAACAGUCUUACGACUAACAACUUCAAGAUAUGAAUGUUUAUUUGGAAACAAGAAAGAAAAGUGAUCGACAGAAAAGAAGAGAGAAAUACCGGACGAUGAAGUGAAAGAGAUUGACAGUUGAACGGAAUCGGGCACUGCAACGAGCGUGGUUGGGUUGAGAACCCGUGCAACAAGGAUACUUUUUGUAACAGCUACCUGUUUAUGGCCCAAGACAGAUAAUUCUCUCAUGAUUGAAUGUCUGAAGGAAAAUCUCGCACUUAAGAGACGAAGAAAGUAGCUUACUCAAUCUGACUUAAAAUCAGUAACGUUCUCAAAAAUAUAAAUUUAUAUGAACGUAACUUUUGACGCAAAAAGAAAUUUCAUUUCUUGAAGAUCUAGACAAAAUAUGCUUAGCUUGAUUUUUGAGAACUUGAUUAUUGCGCUUUGUUGAUUGCCCGGCUUAAGUGAGAAAGGUGUAGAGAUCAUCAUCUUUCACUGACAAAUAAAGCGUAGAAAACUUGGCGAAAAAGUUUUGAAGACAAAGGACAUAGUGCGGUUAUCUGAGACAGUGGUGAUUUGUAGAGUUAAUGGAUCUAUAGUGAUAUGCAGUGAGAUUUCUGGAAAACAUUACGAUCUUAUUGCCCAUAAUUUAAGAACUAGAUGUCAAGGUUGAAAUUCUUCUAAUGGUCUCGUUACAAGUCUUAUGACUCUGGUCGUGAGAAUUCAUAUGUAGAUAAACAAAUUUUUAUGGA